AUGGAAACCAAAAAGAGAAAAUUCGAUGAUACACAAGUUGAAGCCAAUAAAUUCAACAAACAGCUUUCUGAUAACUCAUCUGUUCUCUUCGAACCAUCCACAAUUCCUUCAAUUUGUUACCAACUUAUUUUUCAAUAUUUACCUAUUCCUUCUUUAAUUUCAGCUUCACUAACAUGUAAAACAUGGUACAAUAUAUUGAGUACGAAUAAAUUUUGUUAUAAUAAAAACACAAAAUUAACAUUAUUAAAUGAAAAUCAACUGAUUACUGUUUCAAAUUCGAAAGUCUUACGUCAUAUUAAUAAAAUUGAAAUUGGUAAAUAUGAAUGUGGAUUAUCAAUUAGUAAAUCAAUUGAUUUUCAAUUUCAUUUUACUUCAUUAAAUUGUCUUAAAUUAUGUUUUAUUUCAUUAAGUCCUUUAUUUAUAAUGAAUUUAUUUAAUUCUAUUUCUCAAACAUUACAAAAAUUAAUUUUAGCAAUGCAACCUUAUAGAAAAUUGAAUUUAAACAGAGAACUUUCCGAUCCAACCACAUCUUGUCUCGUCGUUUUAUCAUCAUUACAUCUUCUUCCUAACUUAACAUAUUUUUUUAUUCUUGUUACAUCAAGUACAAAAAUUGAAUUUGAUAUUAAUAAAUAUUUUAAACAUUUAACAAAAUUAGAAAAACUAAUUAUUCGUCAAGAUAAUUAUACAUGUAAAAGAAGUAGAAUUCAACAACUAAAUUCUAUUCAAUGUCUUUUCAAUUUAAAAUAUUUAGAAUGGUUUGAUAUCGUACCGAAUGAUUUGAGAAUUCUAUCAUCUGUUCCAUAUCUGCCUCAAUUACAAUAUAUUCAUCUUCAAUAUACAUUGAUUACAAAUGAACUAUUAUAUUAUUUAAGUAAAAUAUCAACAAUCAAUGCAUUAAAAUCACAUCGAUUUUCACCGAUAAAAAGUAAACUAAAUAUAGAUGGUUUCAAUUAUUUACUUUCAUUAAAAGAAACUCUGAGAGAAUUAGAAAUAAGUGCUAAAAACAUUAAUUAUGACGAAUUAAUGAUGAUCCAAUAUCCUGCAGAAGCCGAUUGUACUGAAAAUGAAUAUGAAGUGUAUUUAACUUUCGCACAUGUUAAUAUUUUAAAACAAUUUGUUUAUCUUAAAACUCUAUCAUUUAAUAAAAUAAGUAUAACAAGAGAAAAUUUAGAUAAUUUAUUAAUUAGUUUAGCUGAUUAUAAAAAUUUAAAAAUCUUAAACUUAGAAUCAAUUUGUUUUCCAUCAUUUACGGCUAUAUCAACAAUUCAUAGUCUAGAAGAAUUAUCAUUGUCAUAUCCAUGCAGCAACAAUAGAGAAGAAUAUACAGAUAAAGAUUUAUUUAUAUUAUAUGCAUUGAAAAACUUAAAAGUAUUAAUAUUAUAUUAUAGUAUCAAUUUAUCAAAAACAAUAAGAAAACAAAUAAAGGACAAAGCAUUGGCAGUACCACACUCGAAUACUUGUUGUAAUGUAACAUUUGAACAAUUAGAAGAAUUUAUUUAUAACAAUGAUGAUGACAAUGACAAUGAUAGUGAAGAUGAGAAUGCAACGAUCGACAGUGCAUGA